GCAAGGUGUUCCGGGACGAUGAGAGGGCUCUCUUCCACGAACAGGGCAAACAUCUUAUCCCAUGGAUGGGGGACAAGAAGAUCAUGAUUGAUAGGUCGGUUUAACAAACGCGAAAGGGAAACAAUACCUAACCAACUAAUGUCUUCCGAAGGGACCGCUUGGAUUUUCUUUUGUUUUCUAUUAAUUCGAGAAGGGAUUCUGUCAUAUAAACCACUUUACAGCGGGCCAACUAUACCAGUGUCUGGCCCUGGCUUUUAAACAGCCGAAGACGCAGUGCAAUUAUUACCCAAACGAAAAUGUACUAUCAUCUUAAGAUGCAGCGUCGUUUUCUAUCUCUUUGAGCUACCAGGGUGACCUCCUUAAUGCCAUCUCUCCAUAUUUUAUUUUCGCCGUGAUAAAACUAUGGCUGUGAUUUCGGAGGUUUUACUAAAUUGGCACUCUAGUUCAGAAUAUUUGAGCAUUGUUUGAAAAUGACUCUGCAUCUUGCAUCAAAACAUUUGCUCUGAUAACAUCAACAUUAGCCCACCGUUAACUGUAUUCCCAUAUUCGUUUUUCCUUAUUAUUUUCCUCAGUUUUUAAUUCUAAUACAGGGUGAUUACAAGAAUUUAAUGUAAGAAGUUGCGUUUAAAUAACGCCAUCAUGUACUAAAUAGAACACAGUAGACAGUAUUGUCUGCAGCUUUAAAAAAACCUUUUAUUCCACUUGAAGGCGUCUCCAAAUACUUUAAUUUUUUAUUUUAUUUGAUUGGGCUGUGUUGAAAUGUAACCAGAUCAAAUUUCCCAAAGAAAUGUUUAUGAAAACUGUAAAUUAAGGUGGUUCACUGACAUUGCAAAUCUCACCUGAGGUGUCCAUACACUGUGUUUGACUUUCAGUCAAGACAAUGGCACCCUUAUCUGGUUUGCUCCAAAAGGCAAAUGAACAGUUUCUCUGAUGUCUGUGACCAGUGAUGCCUAAGUGCUGUAUUAGAAUGUAUAAACAUUUUUAUUUGACUUGGCAGUUACCUACCAAAAUCAUCCUAAAGGUGUGCAAAAGACUGGCUCUUGUAGUUUGCCUUAAUAUUGAUCAUUCUAUUUAAGUGUACAAACCUGUUUUCAAUAAAUCACUUCUGACAAAGUAAUAUUUUUUGCACAGGAUACACUUUUCUUGCCCUUUUAUAAGUUGGGUUUUGCAUCUGAAAACCUCACUUGUUACUUCACUUGACUCUCUUGACUUCUCACUUGUAAGUUCUAGUCUGACUCAAAACCUUUAGGACUGCUGGCACCAGGACUGGUUCUUGGGUUGGUGUCAAAAAUACCAUUCGACAGGCCACUUGCUGUAGUGGCAAUUGCAGAAAUUGUUUGCUAUACUUGUAAGGUAAAGCAAAAGUCAGUGUACUCAAAUCAGCUUGGCAUUUUACACCACGACCUCAUGUCCGCACUUAAAAUUCAUACUGGCGCAAAGGGUUACGAAGUUGCAUAUGAAUAUAAUAAUGCAACAUUAGGGUCCAACAGGUCAUGCUGUGUUGGAUUUGUUUUCCCUUUACAGUAGUGAACCUUCUUAAUCUGCAUGGUCCUGUACCUGUUUCCAAUGUGUAUGUGUGUGUCUCUCUAUCACAUGAUCCAGACCUUAUUUCCUCAGCAAAAUGGCUAGGGGUCCAGCCUAGCCCUGAUUGCCACUCCAGCGCCUCCUACUUUCUUUUGGCGAAGAACUCUGGACUGAGAGGUGGAAUAGCGGAGCGAACGCAGGAAAAUUUCGUCCGUUUGGUUCUUACGGAUAGGUACGAUGGGCGCGGUCAUUUGCAUGACCUGUCGGAGUACGAUGCAGAAUCCUGGAAUCGGGACUACAAGCUGUCGGAGGAAGAGGCCAGGAUCGAGGCUUUGUGUGACGAGGAGAGGUAUUUAGCCUUGCAUACGGACUUGCUUGAAGAAGAGGCGAGGCAAGAGGAAGAAUACAAACGUCUGAGUGAGGCCUUGGCUGAUGAGGGCUCCUACAAUGCAGUGGGCUUUCGCUAUAGCGCUGAUUACUACGAUCCUUCACAGCCUACGGAAGAGGAGGAAUCAUUAAAAGAAACAGGGGAGGCCGACCAGCCAGAGAGUGAAGAGCCGUUUGUUGCUCCCCCUGGGCUCAGUGUGCCCCCUGAUGUGGAACUGCCUGCAACAACGAAAACGCAUGCCAUCAUUGAGCGUACAGCCAGCUUUGUGUGCAAGCAAGGGGCCCAGUUUGAGAUCAUGCUGAAAGCCAAACAGGCAAAGAAUUCCCAGUUUGAUUUCCUGCGCUUUGAUCACUACCUGAAUCCUUACUACAAACACAUCCUUAAAGCCAUGAAGGAUGGAAAGUACACCUCUGUCUCUGAGGCUAAACCAGAGGACAAAGACAAUUCUGGAUCAGAAGAUUCGGAUGAAGAUAACGAUGGAAAUUAUCUUCACCCCAGCCUGUUUGCCACCAAGAAGAGUAGCAGGCUAGAAGAACUCAUGAAGCCUUUGCAAGUGAUGGAUCCAGAUCACCCUCUGGCAGCACUGGUCCGGAAAGUCCAGCUGGACAACAGAGCAGCGACCAAGAAGGUAGAAGAUAGUCUAGCAGCAGGAACUCCAUCUGCUACAUCAACCUCUGCAGCAGCAGAACACCCCACAGAUACAACAGUGUCUACAGUGUAUUACGGCUACUACAUGCUGCCUGAUGGGACCUACUGUCUAGCUCCGCCUCCCCCAGGGAUUGAUGCCAACGCCUACUACAGCUCCUUGCCCUCUGGGAUAUUGCCCACCGCCUCUGGUGCAGCUGCCCCGCCCCCUCCUGGGACCACCCCCCCACCAGCGUCAGAGGCAGCCAGCAGCUCUAGCAGCCAGGGGUCUACUGCAGCGGAAACCACCACCACCACCACCACCACCACCACCACAAGUUCCCAUUCUCAAGUUCCUGUUGCUACAAUUAUUCCUCCACCUCCGGACAUCCAACCUGUCAUUGACAAGCUAGCUGAGUACGUUGCUAGAAAUGGAAUCAAAUUUGAGACAAGUGUCCGUGCCAAGAAUGAUCCAAGGUUUGACUUCCUGCAGUCCUGGCACCAGUACAAUGCCUAUUAUGAAUUCAAGAAGCAGUAUUUUGUACAGAAGGAUGGAGGCACCAUCGCAGAGAAUCUGUCUUCUUCAGAAGCCGGAAAAACAAAUGAUAUGAGUGCUGUGUCUAAAGGUUCCUCAGAAACGGAAAACUUGAUAACUGAGGCAGCAAACAGCUCCUCUGACAAUCCACCAAACGAAGGGAGACUAAUUAAAGCUUCCUUUGCCCCGAUUUGUUUUGCGAUCAAAGCGAAAGAGAAUGACCUCCUUCCUCUGGAAAAGAACCGCGUGAAGCUGGAUGACGACACGGAUGAGGAGGAGAGGGAAGAUCAGGAGAGUACUAGCAGUGUUACAGUCAAGGAGGCUGUGGCCCCAGUGCCUGAGGAAAAGAAGCCCCAACUGACUCAGGAGGAGCUGGAGGCAAAGCAGGCUAAACAGAAGCUGGAAGACAGGCUGGCGGCUGCGGCCAGGGAAAAGCUAGCCCAGGCCUCCAAGGAGUCGAAGGAGAAGCAGCUGCAGGCGGAACGCAAGAGGAAAGCAGCUCUCUUCUUGCAGAACCUCAAACACCCGCUGGGGGAGGCGGAAGCCAAGAAACUAGAAGAGAUGCCUUCUCAAUCAGAGUUGCCUGAGAUCAGCAUUGUGCCUACUGCCACACCUGUCGCCUCAAAAGUUUCCACAGUCUUUGAGUCAAAGGCCUCUGAAAAAUCAGCAAGCAAAAGCCGCGAGUCUUCCGAUGCCCACGACAGGGAGAAGAAAAAGAAGAAGCACAAGAAAAGGUCCCGUUCUCGGUCGAGGUCCCGUACGCGGCAUCACUCCAGAUCUCGAUCCUGUUCCCGCUCCAAAGCCAAACACGCCCUCCCCAGCGCCUACAGGACAGUCCGAAAGUCAAGAUCUAGGUCGAGAUCACCCAGCAGGAGACGAGCUCGUUCUCCAGAGCGAAGACGUGAGGAGAGGGAGAGAGAGCGCUAUGUCCCAACUGCAUAUCGGAUCAGUAACAACCCCAGCUUUAGCAAGAAACGGUCAAGGUCAAGAUCUCCACAUGAAAAGAAGAGAAAACGAAGUUCAAAAUCUCAGAUAAAAUCUAAAGCCCAGUCCUGCUCACCUUCAUCUUCACCUAAUCAAGCUUCACACAAGAAGCCAGCAUCAGCACGUUCCACCAGCAUUUCUCCGGCAGGCAGCAGGGAUUCCAGUCAGGAGCGAUCCAGGGGAGGCUCUCUGGAAAAAGACAAACAAGUAUCUUCCGCCAUUGUCUCCUCGGUUCAAACAAAAAUAACUCAGGAUUUGAUGGCCAAAGUGCGAGCUAUGCUGGCAGCUUCUAAAGGCUUGCAAACGAGCACCUCCUGAGCAACUCUUCGGAAGGAUCCCAAGGGAAAAGAGUUAUUAAACAACAACCUCGAUCUGCCUCAACACUUCAACAGAGCGAAUGCUAAUUAUGUUGCAGUUCGUCAGGAACAAGCCGGUGCUUGUGGCAGAUACUCUCAACGUGGUGACUGCCAGGUUGAUGCGAUGUUUUCUUUUCUUCCUUAAUGCCAAUAAAAAGUGUUUCCUUUGUUUAAAAAAAAACUGCAUUGUAUCGGUUAGGGUUUUAUAUAUGUAUACAAUGAAAACUGAAUCUGGCUUUGACUGUUUGCCUAAAAUGUCUCGUUGGGGUGCAAAGGACUAAAGAGACAGACUUGCAGAUUUUCCAACACUCUCUGGAUUUUAGCCAUAUACUGGAGCAAUACAGGACAUUGGGAAAAAAUAGGUAAUACAAAGAUUUUACACUAAAUGAGAUUACAUAAUUAAGAAAGGAUGAAAAAUUAAGAAUUCCAUUUCAACUUAGAACACAUCUAUCGAUUUGCUUCAAAUCCUUAAUUUAUUUUUGUGUGCCCUUUUUUGGUAAUUUUGUAAAGGUUGCACUAUUCGGUCAUUUUAAGAGGUCAGAUAGGAAUAUUUUUAUCCUUCUGUGAAGGAAUAAUGCAUUUGCUUCCCCCCACCACCACCACUAACUCUGUUUUGUUUUGUUCUUUGCGAGCUAAAUCGUUGACUGCCUUCACACUCUUGUUUGUAAGAUUGUACAAGACUUGCGAGUGUGCUGCUUUAUAGACCUUGUCAAUAAAUUUGAAUUACAGUGUA